AUGGCCAAAUUAUUGGUAAAACUCCAGCGGUAUUUUCGGCGAAGACCCGUGCGUUUCUUCACGCUGCUGGCUCUCUACCUGGCUGCCGGCAGCUUGGUUUUCCUACACUCGGGCUUUGCCGGGGAGCCCACGGUGACAGGGAACCAGCGUGGCCCCGGGGCCGGCGAGGGACCAGGGCUGCCCUACCUGGGGAUGAUGCAGCUGAGUCGUGGUUUCAAGGCAGCGGUGACGAUGCCGGAGGGGGGACGGCGACACGGACGCUGGUUCAAAAGCACCUCCAAGGAACCGACCCAGAGGGGCAAAGCUGGAGACUACGGCAGCACCCGGAGCCGGGCGCUCAGGGGCAGGAGCGGGCGCGAGAAGGAGGAGGACAGAGCAAGAUACAUCGGCUGCUACGUGGACAGCACUCGCCGGCGAACGCUGCGCGGCGUCUCCUUCUUCGACUACAAGAAGAUGACAGUUUUCCGUUGCCAGGACAACUGUGCUGAGCGGUGG